GUCAAAAAUCAUAACGACGCAAGGACAAUUUCAAUCGGAGCUUAGGUUUCAUUCUCGGAAGAAAUUUGUCGGAAUUUUGUUGAUACGGCGACGAUGGUGAGAGUGGCCACAUUCUUUGGAAUGACAUUCGGCGCUUUCCUCUUCUGGCAGACCAUGGAUAAAGUCCACGUCUGGAUUGCCCUCCACCAGGACGAAAAGAAAGAGAAAAUGGAGAAGGAGGCGGAGAUACAGAGAAUGAGAGAGGAACUAUAUCAGCAACAAAAGGAUAAGCCCUCCCUUGCUUGAGCUGCUGGAAGAUUCGAUUCGAUUUGAACCUUCUUGUUUCUUCAUUUUCGGGAUGAACCCUCCCUCAAAGUCUGAGUAUCUCACCAAUAAGACAUACAUCUGCCAUUGAUGAACUCUGGAGAUUCUCAUUUCCAUCAUUUGGUAAGGUUUUGUCACUACUGUGUUUCUGUUUCUCACCCUGCCUAUUUCUUGAUAAUUAAGGUAUCAAAUAUAUAUUCAUUGAUGCGUAUGAUUGGUUUUUCAUGAUA